UGGAACUAGGCUUAGGGUACCAACCCAAAGGCUAAUUUCCAAAACUGCAAACCUGGGGGCGGGAAGCGGUCUGUUGACGUCACAGAUGCAUCACCGACGGGAUGCCCCAAAUCGCUCCGGUUCUCUGUAGGCGCGUUCACCGGCGCUCUGGUAUUACGUAUUUCCGGAACUUCUGCUGCACACGGAGGUUGCGUUAGGGUCUUCGGUUAAUGUGGGCAGACAACCUUGGAUUUCGACUGUUUUUGCUUUGCCACCCUCUGGCCGGACGCCAUGGGAGUGACUUGUGUGUCGCAGAUGCCUGUGGCUGAGGGCAAGAGUGUCCAGCAGACUGUGGAGCUCCUCACUCGGAAAUUGGAGAUUCUUGGGGCAGAAAAACAAGGAACAUUUUGUGUGGACUGUGAAACUUACCAUACAGCUGCGUCUACCCUUGGCAGCCAAGGUCAGGCUGGGAAGCUGAUGUAUGUGAUGCACAACUCAGAGUACCCAUUGAGCUGUUUUGCCCUCUUCGAAAAUGGCCCGUGCCUUAUUGCCGAUACCAACUUUGAUGUGCUCAUGGUGAAGCUUAAGGGCUUUUUCCAGAGUGCUAAGGCCAGCAAGAUUGAGACUCGGGGCACCCGUUACCAGUACUGUGACUUCCUGGUGAAGGUGGGCACAGUCACAAUGGGGCCCAGUGCCCGGGGCAUCUCUGUGGAGGUGGAGUAUGGUCCCUGUGUGGUAGCUAGUGACUGCUGGAGCCUGCUGCUCGAGUUCCUACAGAGUUUUCUUGGCAGCCACACUCCAGGAGCUCCUGCAGUAUUUGGGAACAGACAUGAUGCCAUCUAUGGCCCAGCAGAUACCAUGGUCCAGUACAUGGAACUCUUCAACAAGAUCCGCAAGCAGCAGCAGGUUCCAGUGGCUGGGAUUCGUUAGUGACUGGCAGCUGCCAGCUAAGCUCUGUCACCAGGGAUACUCCAGAGGAGGAGCAGGUGCCGUACUCUCAGGUUCCUGGACCCCAGAAAUUCUGUGUAGAAGUGGAGGCUACUUUCUUAUUUCCAGUUCCUAGCUGUGGCUUUUGUUCGGGGGCUCUGUACUCUUUGUCCCUUGACCCUCACACACAGCCCCCUAACAGCUGUUUUACACAUGCCUUACUGGAUUUGACCUGUCUUCAAGAAUGGUAAUUAUGAAGAAUGGAGAAGUUUGGACCUUUCCUGCUUUAGGGAAAAAGGUAGGACAGGGGUGUCCCUGCCUAAUGUCGGCAGGGAAAACCAUUUGCAUCCUCAGCUAUUGAGGGCUUGGCCUAGGCCUGCAAUGGACAAGCUAUGUUUUGUGUUAAGGUUGUGCCGUAAUAAAAGCCUCUUCCUCCACUCAGGGUGUGGCUGGCCUCUAUCCUGUAGAUGGAGUGGGAGACUUGUUUGAUUAUCAUUUUCUGACCUGUUUACUAAAGUGAUCUGUGAAUUGACUUUCUUUGGGUAUUGCCUGAAUCCUUUGAACUCUCCUGAUGUUUUUCGCUUCUGUUGUGAAUUCUGUUAAGCUGUAAGCAGAACUACUGUAACAGAGAACCAAAAGUACGGGGGCUCUUACUAGAUAAAAGUUGAUUUUCUCUCAUCUAAUAGUACAGAGGUACUCAGUCUAGAGCAGAUUUAACUCUACAAGGUCAUUAGAAAUUUGGUUUCCUUCUGUCCUGUUAGUCAGCCAUUCCCAAUAUGUUGUCCUUACCCACAAGGUUAAAGCAGACUCAUCAGCUCCAUGUCUUCAUUCCACUGGGGGAGAGGAGAAAGGAGGGGGAUAAUAGGAGGGGAGGAAGAGCCAGAAAAAGACAUCACUGUGGCUGGCAUACUUUGCUGAUAGAGAUGCUGGGGCAGAGCCGCUUAUCUGGGCAGUCAUAUGCCCAGUUUAAACUCAGGAGGUUCUAUGACUUAAAGGAUUUGGAGAAUAUGGAUGCAAGGUCCCAGUUAGUGGCCUCUGCUACGUGGAGCUCAAAGGACACUCCCAGCAAUGCUGUUGGCUGUUAUUUUGCAGUUAAUACCCUCUGUAACUAAGGUAUGUGUUUAUGAGCUGUCUUGGGAUUAGGGCUGGUCCCAGAGUUACUUUGAACUCAGUUGGAUUAAUCAUACUGGGAAAUCAAUUCCUUAUCUAAGUCUCAGCAUUGAGGCCUCUUCAGUUCUCAUGUACCGAGAGCUUAAAACAGUUGAUCUGGUACUUGCCCCCUGCUUCAUGGUUUCCUGAGCUCUUUCUUUUUCUCUUGUUUGAGCAUCCAAGCUACUCAUUUGACCACACUGCCUGCCUACCCAACUUCUGCUACAGGAAUAUUUAGCCAGGCUAAAGUUGAAAUACACAGAGAUGGUCUUAGGAAAAUGGGUAACAUAUAGUAUAGUGUUAUCAAGGAUACUUACUCUGCCUUACUGAAGGCAUCCAAAGAGACAUUUUGAGAUCUAAGUGCUCAGAUCUAAAGCCUGUGCAACAGGAGUCAGGUAUUUGUCAUGUUUCCUGUCCAGCUUUGGUGGCAGGAAGCUCAGUUCAACUUCAUAACUAUAGGACCUGUCAUCUGUGUUUUUCAUUCUAACGUCCCCAUUUUUGUUGUUGCUUAUUUUGUUUUUGCUUUUUUAUAUUAUGGUAUGUUUUAGAUAUCAUUUACAACAAUAAAAUGGACAAAUCUUAUGU